AUCCGGACCGUGCUCGAUGCUGGUGUUUUAAAAUUCUCAAUCUCAGAACUCGCUCUCUGACAAACGAUCCCACCUCUCUCUCUCUCCAUCUCAAGUCUCAGUCGCCGCCAUGAGGGGUCCGGGUCUCUUCUCCGAUAUCGGCAAGAAGGCCAAGGAUCUGCUGAACAGGGACUACACCUACGACCCGAAGCUGACCAUCUCCACCUAUAGUUCUUCCGGAGUGGGGCUUACUGCUGCUGCAGUCAACAAAGGAGGAGUUUAUACCUUUGAUGUUGGCUCACAAUACAAGUACCAGAACACUCUUCUUGAUGUCAAAGUCGAUACGAACUCAAAUAUCUCAACAACGCUUACUAUCACAGACAUUGUUCCAUAUACUAAGGCCAUUGCGUCUUUCAAGAUACCUGAUUAUAAUUCUGGAAAGUUGGAGCUGCAAUAUCUCCACGAUCAUGCAAGCUUUGCUUCAGUAGUAGCUCUGAAGCAAUCUCCGGUGGUCGAACUUUCUGCAACACUCGGUACCAAAGUGGCUGCAUUUGGUGUAGAGGCAGGUUUUGACACAGCAUCAGGAAGCUUUGCCAAAUAUACUCUUGGGAUUGGAUUAACAAAGCCAGAAUACCAUGCUUCCAUAGUUUUGGAAGACAAGUUAGAUACUCUGAGAGCAUCAUAUGUCCAUCAUUUGGAUGAGAUACAAAAGACCUCUGUGGUCGCAGAGAUUGUGAGGCAAUUCUCUGCGAACAAGAACACAGUUACGAUUGGAGGGCAAUACGCAUUAGAUCCCCAAACAUUAGCAAAGGCACGGGUCAACAACUCAGGCAAGCUUGCAGCUCUUCUGCAGCAUGAACUGAAACCAAAAUCAUUUCUCACCCUCUCCAGUGAGUUCGACACCAAGGCUUUGGAAAAUGCUCCUAAGUUUGGUUUGGCUCUUGCUCUCAAGCCUUGAAUGCACUUGUUAGCUCUCCUUGAAUGCACUUGUUAGGCAGAGCUUCGUGCAUAGUUUUUUAGGGCUCCGACUACAAGUCAAAAUAAAUCAAUUCCCAAAACAAUUUAGUGGUUUUCUAAUUUUUUCAAGUGUCGCCCAUGUACAUGGCGAACCCUCUCUAUUUCGAGUUGCCGAAAUUUUCAAUUUGUAAUUUUUGCUGUCAAAUCUAUGUUCCAACUGACGUAUGAUCAGUUGCCACCGAAUGCUACAUCAAUUUAAUCCUGAUGAACUCAUAGACUGCACUUACAUUA